AUGCCUGCUAUAGCAUUUACUGCUGAUAUUUGGAAGAGUGGUGCUCGUAAAUAUUACAUAUCAUUGACUGCUCACGUAUUCGAUGAUGACUUUGAAGUUAUACCACUUGUAUUAUCUUUACGACAAUUAACUGGUCGUCAUCUUGCCAUUAAUGUUGAAGCUUUCAUUAAAUAUGAAUUCAAUGAAAAAUUUCAAAUUAUGCCUAAUCAACGAGCUGGAAUAACAACUGGUUGUGGCUCAGAAAUGGUUGCUACAACAGCCUAUGGUUUAUUUGGUCCAAGACAUUCGUGCAUUGCGCACGUAUGGAAUAAUGUUGUCAAAAAUGGUUUAUGCUUAUGGGAGAAACCAAAUCCAAAAAAAUUUCCUAUUCUUCAAUUUGAAAUCAAUGACCGAGAAUCUAUUCGUAGUCUUAAUGCUGAUGAAGAUGAUUUACUUGGUGAAGAAGUUCUUCAUACAGUUCAAUCAGAUGAAGAAGAAAUUGAAGAUAAUAAUGAACAAAAUUCAUCUCAAUUAGAUCAAGUUCAAUCAACAACAUCAACAAUUAUGGUGGUAAAGAAAAGAAGAAUUCAACCAAUAUAUGAUGAAUUUUUAAGUGAAGACGAUGAACCAGUUAUUAUUCAACCAGAAACUCGUUCAAUUACUCUUGUUGGUCUUCUUGAACGCGUCUUCAAUUUACUAGACCGUUGUCGUCAACUAAUUACUGAUAUUCGCAACAUAGACGUGGUUCAAACAUAUACUUUGGUUGAAAUUCGGAAAAAAGGACGUGGUUUUACGAUUGACAUGGACGUUCGUUGGAAUACAACUUAUCAAAUGAUCGAUCGUCUACUUGAACAUCAAAACUUGGUUGAUAUCAUCGUACGUCGAAAAUUUGAUGGUCUUACAGUUUGUCAAGCAAAUCGAUUAAAAUUGGCUGCAUUAAAUCCCGAUGACUGGGAUGUUCUCCGUGCCCUCCAUCAGGUGUUGACUGGAUUCGACGUUGCAACAACAAUUGUUUCGGCUAGCCAUUAUCCAACACUCUCUGAUUCAUUUUGGGCAAUUACUAAACUUCGACAAAUUUUAAUUGCAAAUACAGAUCAAUCUCGGUACGUCGAAUUUCUCAAAACAACGGCAUUAAAUUAUUUAGAUAUGUAUAUUGAAAAACAUUUGUCAAAAGGUCAACAAGAAGGAAUGCUCAUCGCAGCUUUUCUCGAUCCAGAAACUCAUAAUGAUAUGAGUCAAGAUGAUUUUUCUAAAGCAAUGGAAAUCGUGAAGCAAAAGUUAGAACAAAUAUCUACAACUACAUCAUCAUCGACAACAACAACAACAACAACAACAACAACAUCAUUAUUUUCACCUCUUUCAUUACCAACAUCUCAAAUAACAUUCUCGAAGAAAGAUGCUGCAAAACAGCGAAUGAAUCAAUUAGCUGGAAUUGGUAUGAAUCUAUCGAAUGAUAGAUCAAUUACUGCUGCAGUUGAAAUAUCUCUAUUUACAAAUGCAAUUAAAACAAACCAAAGUUUUAAAGAGUUUUGGUCAACUCAAAAUCAAUCAUUUCCACGUCUAGUAACAUUAGUUCGUCGUUAUUCCAUCGUACCUGCUACAUCAGUUGCAAGUGAAUCUGCUUUUUCUGUUUGUGGGUUUAUUGCACGCAAACAACGUUCAUCAUUAUCAUCUCGUAUGUUACGUCAACUUCUAGUUCUUAAAUACAGAAAAAAUUUACUCAAAUUUAAACGCCAAGAUCAACCUUCUUUGCUACAAGAUCGUUUAACUCAAUCGUUAUCACUUGGUAUUACAGGAUCAACUGCUGUCUAA